AUACAUCAAAGCGUCUUGUUUAACCUUACUUUUUCCUAUUUUAAUUAUGAACUGUAUAGUAUGGUGAUACUGUAACAUUUUAUUACUUGGAGUUAAAUUUUGCAAUUGCCUAACAAUUAACGAAUAGUCUAUACAUACAAUGAGUGCGGAAAAUAACGUUUGCUGUCACAAAGAUAAUCUGCCCACUAACAAGUUGAAGAUCCUCGCCAUUCACGGAUACCGGCAGAAUGCUGAAGUUUUCAAAAACAAAACUGGAUCAUUUAGAAAAAUGUUACACAAGUGGGCUCAAUUUACUUAUAUAACAGCACCACAUAAGGUGCUUGUAGUAGAAAAUGAUGAUACAGAAAUAGGGCAAGCUAAGGAUUUAGAGCAAUAUGGUUGGUUCUUUAAUAGAGAGGAUAAUUCAUUUAGAGGUAUCAGAAAAGGUGGUCCAGCUAUUGGCUAUGAAGAAAGCAUCAAACUAAUUGAGAAAGUUGUUGAAACUGAUGGCCCUUUUGAUGGCAUUUUUGGUUUUUCACAAGGAGCAUGUUUUGUUGGAUUAUUAUGUGAUUUACAGCAUAGGGGCAUGUUACCCUUUAAGUUUAACUUUGCAAUCAUGUCAUCUGGAUUCAAGUCUGGUAGUCUACCACACAUGAAAUAUUAUUCAGAUACUAUUGCCAUACCUAGUUUACACAUUUAUGGCACAGCAGACAAAAUCAUUCCAACUGAAAUGAGUUCUGACUUGGCAAGUUGCUUUGAUAAUCCAAUGGUGGUCACACAUCCAGGUGGUCAUUAUUUACCUGCUACUGCUACACAGAAGCAUGAUUUUCAAGCAUUUAUUAAGAAUUUAAGAAGGUAAAACAUUCACAGAAUGUGUCUUAUGCUAAUGAAACAAAUAACGAGAUAAAUAAUAAAGUGGAACAAUGAAACUCAAAAUCAAA